UCUCUCUGCUGAAGUGUUCAGUUUCAGUUCAAACGCCUCUGUUUUUUGGGUUUUUCUUCUGAUCAAAGAUGGGGUUACCACAGAAGCCUCAAGUAGAUGGAGGACUAGAACCUGAAGGAAAGAAAUGGGUUAUUGCUGGAAUUCCAUUACGAGCUCCGUUGAGAAGGAUAAGCACCAAUAAGAAGGACGAUGGAGCUAACGAUGAAGACGGAUGCUCAACGACGCCGACCUCUGAAGAAGCAAGGAUACCAGAGAGGUUACCAUGCCCACCUCCUCCGAGAAAACGUAGGCCUACUUCAAGGUGCCAUUUGAGCGGUGUUAGGGAGUUCUUUACUCCCCCUGACCUAGAAUCUGUUUUCAUACGCCAUGUCGAGAGGGCAAAUUGAGUUGGGGCUUCUAAGGCUCUACCCCUUGUUCUCUGUUCUUUCUGGUUUUUCUUUCUCCUCUUUAUCUCUGUUCUUUGUAGUGGAGCAGAGUUGAUGUACAAAGCUACAAUUUAUAUGGAAUGAAUGUUAGUUUGGUUACUGA